AUGCGAUUCCGUACGCAAUUGAAGAAUACGAGAACUUUCUCUAAGUUGACUGCCUCGUUGUCAUCCCUAGGGAAAGUGUGCUGGAUGCGACUCGAGUACGAUGUUGUGCGAUUCACUGUGAUUCCUGAUCAGGGGACUCAAGUCUGGGCGCAGAUUCCCGUGGACACCAUUUUCGAAGAAUGUUCCUAUCAACUGGAAUCUAAUUCAGAUGCCGUCAACAUUGAAAUCAACAUAAGUCUUCUCAACAGAGCAUUGAGGUCGACUAUGGGAGCUUCGUCGUCUCAAUUGAGGCUGACUAAGAAAGACCGAAUGCCUCUGCUUGCUCUCACAGUCCUGACGACUGAAUGGGCCGAGGGAAACAUGGCCUUAGCUACCGACGGCUUAGUAGAGCGACGUCCCGCGGAUGGAUCUGCCACAUGUAGUGACGUGGUUGGCGAUCGACGUGCUCGUGAACGCGAAACGUGGAUUACACAAGAAAUCCCCAUCAAGAUCCUGCAUGAGGAUGUGGUGGAAAGUCUACAUGAGCCCCACUGCCCUGACCCCGACGUCUACAUCAUUCUCCCAAAUUUGAUGCAAUUGAAGAGUAUCUCAGAUCGAUUCACCAAGCUGGCCUCAACGGAAAGCAAAGGCCAGCAACAGAGCAUUACAGUUGCUGAGCCAGCAGCUUCCACUGCGGGAGCCACGGCGCUCUCCACAAAAGCUGCACCCAAAUUAGAACUGUCGGCCAACAUGCACGGCAAGCUACGUCUCGCCAUUGCAACAGAUGGGCUUCGCAUUGCAAGUGCCUGGUCUGGGCUUGUGAAUCCUCCGUUGGAUCCUGCACACAUUUCCGAAGACCGGGCUUCGCAGUUACCAAGCGAGCGAAUGCGUGAGGCGGGUGAUGAUGACGAGGCGGGGUGGGCGAGAGUCAGAAUUGACGGGAAAGAUUGGGGUCGUGUGCUCAGUGUAGGACGGUUGAGUCCUAAGGUUGUUGCUUGCUUCAUCAACAACACCGCGCUUGUCCUAUACGUCUACCUGCCCGGGACGUGGAAUGGCGAGGAGUCUUGUCUGACCUAUUACAUCAACUCAUUUACGGCAUGA